GAAUAAUUCCGCUCGUGGGAUAAUGAUACACUCCAAUUUGCCAUAAAAAAAGUUACAUAUGUAAAUAUAACUAAAAUUAUUUGGAAAUAGAGUAUUCUAGUGCCCCACUUAAUCCACGUUUCCACUUAAAAAUUUCCAAACAAUCCCCUAAAUUGGAUGUUUGCUUACGCAUUUAAAUUUAUAUUUUAAUUUAAUUCCUCUUUAAACUCGUAAUUUACGCGGAUACCACCGACUUAUUCUCCAAACUAUAUUCUCAUUUCCUACUUGUCUUCCCUUUCCUCUGUAUAAAAUAUCUCCGGCCGGCAACCCUUACCCCCGACGAUUUCAUGCUUCUUCCUCUGCACCACCCCAUCCAUUCCUGUUCUUUACAAAUGGAAAUAUAUCUAUAGCUGAUCAAUUUUCCUAUUAACCACUUCUAAUGGGGUUUUUCCUGUUACUAUUCAUUAUCCUCUGUUUGUUCGUAUCUAUUCGGUUAUUUUUAUACCGAACGACUCUAGUUUACCGGUUAAAAAAAUGGGGCCACUGGGUAGAGGAUCGAGUUCACGUCCAUCAAUCGCUUAAAGUUCCUGAACUCGAUGAAAACAAUCAGGAAAAUAUAUUUUACCGUAAAGUUUAUACGUACCUGACUUCUCUUCCAAUUGAAGAUUCCGAUAACACAAACCUCAUCUCCGGAAACAAACCAAACGGCGUCGUUCUCCGCCUCGACGAUAAUCAGACGGUUUUAGACACUUUUCUCGGUUCUAGGGUUUCAUGGACAAAUAGAGUUGAAGAUUGUAAGAAAACGUUUGUGUUGAAGAUGAAGAAGAAAGAUAAACGAAGGAUUUUGCAAUCGUAUAUUCAGCAUAUUUACAGAGCGGCAGAAGAUGUUGAAUCAAGAGGUAGUAAAGAGUUGAAGCUGUACAUGAAUACGACGUCGUUAGUUGAUAAUAACCGGCGGUGGAGUUCGGUGAGGUUAACGCAUCCGGCGACGUUUGAAACGAUAGCGAUGGAUUCAGAUCUGAAAAAGAAGGUGAAAUCGGAUCUAGAUUCGUUUCUGAAAUCGAAACAGUAUUAUCACCGGUUAGGUAGAGUUUGGAAGCGAAGUUACCUUCUGUACGGACCUUCCGGUACCGGAAAAUCCAGUUUUAUUGCAGCGAUGGCGAAAUAUCUCUCGUAUGAUGUUUACGAAAUAGAUCUAACAAAAGUUGUAGACGAUUCAGAUCUGAAAAAACUUCUGUUACAAACUACACGAAAGUCGUUGAUCGUAGUCGAAGAUCUCGAUCGAUUUCUCACAUCAAAUUCAACUUCAACGGCGGUUAGGUUAACGUUAACAGGUGUGUUGAACUUUAUGGACGGACUGUUAAACUCGUGUUGCGGUGAUGAGAAGCUCAUGAUUUUCACGGUGAAUUCAAAGGAUAAAAUCGAUUCAUCGAUUUUGCGUCCAGGAAGAAUAGACGUACAUAUAUAUUUCCCUAUGUGCACCUUCAAUUCAUUCAAAACUCUAGCGAACAACUGUUUAGGUAUAAAGGAACACAAAUUGUUUCCACAAGUGGAAGAGAUAUUACAAACCGGUUCGACGAUCAGUCCAGCGGAGAUGAGCGAGCUCAUGAUCUCGAACCGUGGAUCGCCGGGACGAGCGUUGAAGUCGGUGAUUACAGCGUUGCAGAUCAACGGUGAGGCUAGGAUGUCGUCAUCAACGGUUGAGGAUACGUCAUCACCGGCGGAAAGUUCGAACGUGUUUGUUAUGGAUGGUAACUGUAGCGUGCCGGUUGUGAAAGAGAUUCAGAAGCUUUACGGUUUGUUGAGGAUGAAAAGCAGUAAGAAGAUUGGACCGUCGGAUCAAGAUUCCGGGUCCGUUGAACGGUCACGAUGAUGGUGAUAAUGAUUAGGAUAGUUUUUUAAGGUCCCGCUUUUUUAUUGUUUUUUUUUUUUAUUUGGAUUUUUAAGUGUUUUGGUUUUAUUUUGAUAUGGAAAUGUAGGCAGUAUCACAAAGUUUUGUGAUUCUUCUUCAAUUAAUUGGGUAUAGAAAGAAUAUCUUUUGUAUA